GGAGUUGAGAUCGGCUAUCUAAAAGUUGCUAUCUCAUUCAUUAUCCAUCCAAUAAAUGAUUGACACAUCAUUUUACAUUAAUAUAUUCAAAUUUUCUCUUAGUGUUACUUGUGCUAAAAAUUAUGUAACGCUUUAAUGUAAAAUGAUGUGUCGAUUAUUUAUUGGUGAACACUAAAUUCAAUAGCAAAGAGUUGAGAUAUGUUGUCCAAAAUAUGCCGUCCUAUUCAAAUUUCAAGUUGCAUUAUCAUUUGACACUCCACUCCACUCCACUCCACUCCACAAACCCACUUCCAACCACAGUUAGAAGUAAUUGCCUAGGAUCUACAUUGCAUUCACCCCAAAUUCUUAUCCGCAAAGAACCAUGGUGGACUCACCUCAAACAGAGCCAACAUGGCCGGAACUUCUCGGCCGUGAUGACUGGAACGGCCUCCUCGACCCUCUGAGCCUCAGCCUUCGUCGCCUAAUCCUCCGCUGUGGCGACUUCUGCCAAGCCACCUAUGACGCCUUCAACAAUGAUGGGAACUCCAAGUACGCUGGCAGCAGCAGAUAUGGCAAGAACUCAUUCUUUAACAAAGUCAUGCUGGAAUCAGCUUCUGAUUAUCAAGUCUACAGUUUCCUCUACACAACUGCGAAAGUCAACUUCUUUCAAGCUCUCUUCUUGCAUUCCCUGUCAAGAGAAGCCUGGGAUCGAGAAACAAACUGGAUAGGCUACACUGCUGUGACGACCGAUGAAGUUAGCAGGGUACGAGGCCGUAGGGAAGCUUAUGUCGUUUGGUGCGGUACCUCAAGGAAUUACGAAUGGCUUAAUGUGUUGAGAGCUAGACCAGAGUCAGCCGAUCCAUUAUUGCGCCCUAACUCAUGGGAAAAAAGGAGCCCAGAUGACAGUAGCAGUAGUGAUGAAGACGAGAAUGAGCCAAAAGUGAUGAACUGUUGGCUUACAAUUUACGUUUCUAAUGAUCCCAAUUCAUCUUUCACAAAAUUGAGUGCAAGAGAACAGAUUUUGGCUAAGAUUAAUGCACUGAGAGACCAGUAUAAAGAUGAAGAUCUGAGCAUAAUAUUAACAGGGCAUAGUCUUGGUGCAUGUUUAGCAAUUUUAUCAGCAUUCGCAGAACCAGGAAUCAAAUACUCAUCAUUUAAAAUGGCACUGGAUUUAUUCACCAAAGCCAAACUCCUCUUCACUUUCAGUUCAAAUUCCCCUUCACUACCAUUCCAACCCGCCCCAACAUGAAGCAUAACCUGCAAAUUAUGCCAGUCACUCGGAUUGCUCGAUUCCUUCAAACUUGGAGAUUUUCUGUUGUCAAUCUCCAGCUCGAUUCCAGUAUUCGAAUAUCCCGGUAAUGGACUCAGAUAAUGCGGAAUCAUAUCAAU